UCCUCAGGAAGGGAUGGGUCAAUUAAAAAUAGUCGCGGGAGGCGUAAAACUGGAAGGAAAGGCUUUUAUACUGGACAGAUUGAUUGCCAGUAAUAUAAAGUCGAGGAACGGCCAGCCAAUUGUGAUCGAAUCCAGUAGGAAUCUAACCCUAUCCACAAGGGACGAAACGGGGGCUUUAAGUAAUCGAAUAUUUUUAGGUAACGACCGAUUAGAUUGCCUCGCAAAAAGCUUCAAGGUGUUGGAUGAGAAGGGGUACACGCUCUUUUCCGCCAACCCCAAUGAAGUCCUUAUAGGUACGGAAAUACUUAAAGUAACGGGAGAGGGUGGAACAAUUUUUUCCGGUUCGGUACAAACUCCCCUUCUUCGUGCAGAAUCAGGACACGAUCUUAGCUCAAUUUUCAGUGUAAAGCAGCGAUUGCAAGAAAAAAAAUCUCUCACUGCCUAUUUAAAAUCAACGUCCUUGAAUAUCGUAACUUAUUGG